UGUUGCAGCACUGAUGGGAUUCCUGAAGAGACAAUAACAAAUCAAACCCAUUUGGCUACAAGUGUUAAUCCUGUAUCAUUUGUAGUUUCGGGGGAAUGUUCAAUGAGACAAAACAAGGGUACGUAGUUCUCCCUUCCAAUAAUCCCCACUUAUCCUGCCAAAAGAGAUCUGAACACGAAACGAUCUCCACAUCAAAAUCACGAGCCUUCAUUUUUCAGGUGUCUCUUUGGGAAUAGAUUUGAAUCACCCAAUGAUUUCAAGAGACAAAUAAGAUAUUAACCAUUAACACAUCGAGGUGGUGGACAAAAGCUAUGAGACAAUUCAAGUUUCAACUUUUGUAUGUUUUAGCUUCAAACAUUUCGUGCAUGCAAAAUUAACCUCUUGUCUUAGAUAAUGAUCCAGUAUUUCAAUGUGAGACAAAGUAACUGCUAAGGCAUUAUCAACAUACAGUUAAUCUUAUUGUCAGAUUAAUCUUUGUACUAUAAAAGCUAUACUUCUCCACUCUUUCUUGUCAGAGUAAUCACAUUACGAGCGAAUCAAGGUCUAGCAAACAUAGCUGGGUUGCUUCAAAUGGCGUACCAAUUAGCAUUAACAUUGUCAAUCGCCACCUUGGUAUUUUUAGAGCUAGCACUAGUUUCUGAUGCUGGUGGAAUUGCUAUUUACUGGGGGCAGAACGGGAAUGAGGGUACUUUGGCAGAAACGUGUGCGACAGGAAACUAUAAAUAUGUGAACCUAGCUUUUCUUUCGACUUUUGGUGGUGGCAGGACCCCAAUGAUUAACCUUGCAGGUCACUGUGAUCCAUACAGUAAUGGCUGCACAAACUUAAGCUCUGAAAUAAUAUCAUGUCAAGCUAAAGGCGUCAAGGUUUUGCUUUCUAUUGGAGGAGGCGUUGUCAGUUACUCCCUGUCCUCUUCUGAUGAUGCUAGGCAAGUCGCUACUUACUUGUGGAACAACUUCUUGGGUGGACAAUCUUCAUCUCGUCCGCUUGGCCCUGCUGUACUAGAUGGAAUUGACUUUGAUAUUGAAGGAGGAACAAAUUUGUAUUGGGAUGAUCUUGCAAGAUUCCUUUCAGCAUAUAACAAUAAAGGCAAGAAAGUGCACUUAACCGCAGCUCCUCAAUGCCCAUAUCCUGAUGCUUGGGUAGGAAAUGCCCUGAAGACUGGUCUUUUUGACUAUGUGUGGGUUCAAUUCUACAACAACCCUCCUUGCCAAUACACCUCAGGUGACAUUAACAAUCUCGAAGAUUCAUGGAAGCAAUGGACUUCAGACAUUCCAGCGACAAAGAUUUUCUUGGGUUUACCUGCAUCUCCUGAGGCGGCAGGGAGUGGGUUCAUUCCCGUAGCAGAUCUAACUUCUAAUGUGCUCCCUGCAAUUAAAGGAUCUGAACAAUAUGGAGGCGUUAUGCUGUGGUCUAAGUAUUUUGAUGACCAAAGUGGAUAUAGCUCUUCCAUCAAGAGUGAUGUCUAAGAUCUUAACUGGUGUCAUGUCUGCGGUGAUUUGGGUUUCCUUGUACACAAGAUCAUCUUUGUUUCUUUGUCUUGUUUGGGUUUUAAUUUCGGAUAUGUAAUCGCUGUUCAUACACCAAUAAAUUACGGGCUUCUAUUUUCAUAAA